AUAUUUGACAUUCUUUUUUGAUAUCUAAUACAAGAUGUAAGAUGGUUACUUUUAAUUGGCAAAAUCUAAUCACGUGAUUAAUGAUUGGUUACAAAUAGUCUCGUAUGAACGUCAACAACAACUCUACUCGCUCUACCUCUCUUCCUCUUUGCAGGUAAAUUUUUUUCGUGAGUAUGACUGUAAAGCCCUUUUUUACGCGAAAUUUAAAAGUUAACUUAUUAUUUAUUAAUUAUAUUCGAGAGAUUAAUUACCUUCGUCGCGAACAUAAAGAUGCUACCAAGAUUGCGUAAUAAAAAGACCAAUAUUUCUUGUGAAAAUUGUGGUGACACGUCUCACAAAUCGGAUGAUUGUCCUAUUCACAUUAUUGAAGAUGAAAGAGAAAGCAGCGUUAGAACAAAACAAAAUAAAGCUGAUAAAAAUGCGGAAAAACGUGCAAAUAAUGAUUCUAUCGAUAGAGAACGAGGUUCCUCAACUAAGAAAAAACUUAGAAAGUCACCAUCUUCUUCUUCAACUUCGGGAUUCGUUUCUUCUUCAAUUUAUCGACCUCAAAACACUCAAAGUACGUCCACUAAACCCGUUUCACCAGGAAUACAACAAUCUAAAGGGAUUACAUCACAAUAUUUACCAUCAUCCUCCUCAUCAUCCACAAUACAUCCUCCAAAUUAUCAACGCAUUUCAAUUGUACCAUUUUCUCUUGAUUUAGACGCGUUUAGUCAGGAACUUAGCGAAGAACAAGAAUUAGAAAACAGAUCAGGCUCUGUGGAAGAUGAAGGUGCAAUCCAAAAAGUUUAUGGUAAUAUUAUUACUCAAAUCGUAGGUGUACGAUAUUAUGAUGGUGUAGUAAACAAAAAUGAAUCGGUUUCAAUUACACGUGAACCAUUUAAUAUAUACGAUCGGAACGCACUGCGUGUUGAUAAUAUUCUUGGAGAUCAAGUUGGUCAUAUACCUAAAGAUUUGGCUAAAAUUCUUGCCCCAUUAAUUGAUAACGGAGAUAUUCGAAUUGAAGGUACCAUUGCUGGUAAAAAAGGAACAUAUGUUGUUCCUCUGCAUAUUCAUGUUCUUGGAGUGCCAGAACGAGAGGAACGUAUUGCGAAAAAUUUAAGAUCAAAAAAUAUUAAGUUUGAGCCACUUAAACCUAUGUCUCAAGGUAUAAAUGCUUCUGAACCGAACGAAGCAUGGCGUGAACUAAUAAGACAAGGUCAAACUCUUGACAAAACGAGCGUUAAAAAGGUCCUUCAAGAAGUUGGAAUUUCUAUUGUUGAUUUAGCAAAACUUCCCGAAGCUCCUCAACCAGAAGCAUUGAUUACCCCCUUACUUUCAUAUCAGAAACAAGGACUUGGUUGGAUGUUAUCAAACGAACAUCCGGAAGAACCAACUACUGAUAAAGCAACUCAAUUUUGGGUUAUUAAUAAGCAAAAUAAAGAAUCUUAUUAUUAUAAUUCUGCUACCGGGUUUUCUACUAAAACUCGUCCUAAUUUCGCUAGAGGCGGAAUUCUAGCUGAUGAUAUGGGUCUUGGGAAGACAUUGCAGACGAUUGCUUUGAUUACAUAUGAUAAAGAUGGAAAAGGAUUUAUUCCUAAACCUGUCAAAUCGGAUUCAGCUUAUUCUAAAACCACUUUGAUUGUUGCUCCUUUGAGUGUUCUUGGAAAUUGGGUUGAUCAGAUUAAUAUGCAUGUCAAGGAAGGUUCCCUCUCUUACUAUGUUUACCAUGGUCCUAAUCGAGAUGAUAAUCCGAAAAACCUUAAAGAUUAUGACGUAGUGAUCACUACAUAUUCUAUACUUGGUCAGUCAAAUAUAAAAGAUAAAAAACGUGGAUUAUUUGCCGUUAAGUGGCUCCGAGUUGUCCUAGAUGAGGGGCACAUAAUUCGUACCAAAUCAACAAAACAAAGUAUUGCCGCAUAUAGUUUGGAUGCUGAACGAAGAUGGAUUCUUACUGGAACUCCAAUUAUGAAUGAAUUGAAUGAUAUGUAUUCACUUGUUAAAUUUUUGAGAAUCACUCCUUUUGAUGAAUCAGAAUGGUGGAAUCGUGUUUUUAACAGACCAAUAAAAGCUGGUGAUAAAGCAGCUAUUGAAAGACUUAAGGUUUUAAUGAAAAUUGUCUGCCUUCGAAGAACAAAGGAUAUGCAGUUUAAUGGACAUCCCAUCUUAUCCCUUCCCCCCAUUAAUUCCUUUGUUCAUAAAGUUAAAUUUAACGCAGAAGAACAAAAAAUUUAUGAUGAAAUGGAAAAAGAUGCAAAAGAACGCUUUAAGAAAUGGAAAGAGUCAAAUGAUGUUAUGAAAAACUAUGCUGUUAUCUUGGAAUCUCUUUUAAGGUUACGACAACUUUGUGAUCAUCACAAACUUUGUGCAGAACGAGUAAAAAAAAUUAUGGAAACUCAUGUUCUUGAUAUGAAUGAUGAGAAUAUCAUAUCAUUAAUAAAUGCCCUAAAAGUUGCAAUUGAAAAUAACGAAGAUUGUUGCAUCUGCUUGGAGUCAUUGACUACCCCUGUUAUUACACGUUGUAAACAUGUGUUUGACAGAGAUUGCAUUGAGAAAGUUAUUGAUAAGGAUAAACGUUCUUGUCCAAUGUGUCGUAGUCCAGUUCAAAAGGAACAUCUAAUUGAAUCACCUCAUGAACAAGAAUCAAUUGAUGAUGAGAUCGGAAAUAUAAUUAAUUCUGAUUAUAAACCAAGUUCAAAAAUUAAGGCUUUACUGAAAUUUCUUAAAAUAUCAAAUGAAAAAGACCCAACAACUAAAUCAGUGGUCUUCAGCCAAUGGACGUCUUUCCUUAAUUUGAUUGAAAUUGCCCUUAAAGAAUCUGAUAUUAAAUUUGUAAGAUUGGAUGGUAAGAUGUUGCGUAAUCAACGUGAAAAGGCAAUAUCCGAUUUUACUUAUGAACCAGAAAUUAAAGUCUUUUUAAUUAGUUUGAAAUGUGGAUCUUUGGGAUUGAAUUUAACAGCAGCAAAUCAAUGUUUCCUUAUGGAUCCUUGGUGGAAUCCGAGUAUCGAGGAUCAAGCUAUUGAUCGAAUUUAUCGGUUAGGUCAAACUCGACCUGUUUCUAUCUUUAGAUUUGUUAUUGAAAAUUCAGUUGAAGAUCGUGUUAUUGAAUUACAAGAAAAGAAACGUGCAUUGAUAUCUCAAGCAUUCGGAGAACAGAGAAGGAAAGACGCUGCACAAGUCCGAGAAGCUCGAUUGGAAGAGUUGCAAACGUUAUUGGGAGGAAAUUAAUAAUAUUAAUAAUUGUUUAGUGGUAAUUAUAAAAAUUGCAAUCAGAAUAAUAAUAAUACUGAAUAAUUUGAAUAAUAAUAACAUUACACAUAAUAAUUAUAUAAUAAUCUUCGGAAUAAUUAUUCAAAA